AUACAAGCUUUACUAACUGAUCUACACCUUCCAGUCUUAUGUUUUGUUAAGACCUUAUUAUGAGAUGAAAAUGUAAUUUUAUUUAGUAUACUGUUGAGUGUUUUUUGAAUGUGAUAAUUGAGUUUCUUAUCUAAAAUAUUUAAAAGUGAAUGUAGAACUAUCUUUUUGCAAAUAUUGCUGUAAUAGCCGGUCUUGAGCUGUUCUUGAAGAAUGAAGUGCAAGAAUAUUCCGGCUGAGUUCCAUCGUGAAAGAGUUGGCGUUGCAUCUAGUGCAGAUGCUCAAUUCACCCAUAACAAGAUCGAAGAAUGGAUUGAUAAUCUUGAUAUUCAUGCUUAUGGCAGGCUCUAUCUUGAAAUAGUAGAUGCUCCUCCAGUGCUCUAUUUGGAUUUUCUAUCAAUACUAAGCUUGAAGUUGAACUGGUUUGUCGCCGCUUCAACGGAACUUGCUAUUAUACCACACAACCAAGAAUAUCACCAUCUAUUUCACUUGACUAUUCCGUAUGGAUUGGUGAUUUAUACACUUUGACUGUUCUGUACUGUAUGGAAUUUGAGUAUUCAUAAGAAUGACUUGUCUUAUACUCCCUCCUGAAGUCUCCAAGACGAAAUCUUGAAAAAAAUCUAGUCUAUACACCAGGCUUCAUCAUAGAUUACUUCUGCUCAGACUUGGAUUACCAUGCUAUAAUAAGUCAAUUGAUAACAUCUCCGAUAUGUCAAUAAUCCUCAUUUUAUAGUAAACCCUUGAGAUUGAAG